CUGGAGUUCCACUGUUCCCCGGGGUUCCUGCUCCUAUGAUGAACAUGUUCUCAUCACCCACACCUUAUGCAAAUGCCCAGUCUUCCACCCACCCAACCUCAACUAACCAAGUUCAUUGUGAGGCAACCGGACCGUUAAAUCUGAACAUAAAUUCAAGUUUACAGGACAAGAAAUUUCACUGGCCACCCGCGACGAUCAAGGCAGAAUGUUCCGUAGCCGAUCCUGGUGGUCUUUUUACACAGUUUCCCGAGGCCAUGUCUCUGUGCAAUCCCUUGAAUGGUAUGCCUCCCAAAAGUUCGAUAUUGACCUCUGCCGACCCGAAAACGAAGGCUUCAGUGUGUGGAAUGCCAACAACCGUGAAGCCAGAAACAAAUGUUUGCGAUCCGUUUGCAUUUGGGGUGCAGUCGUCGCACACAGACGUCGAUGGCGUUGCUCAAGCGAAGCUUGAAAGUCCUACUGGAAUUUCCUUUGAGCAAG